AUGACGAUAUCUGGUACAGACAAUUGGCAUUCCUGGAAGAAAAAAUAUGGAAAAGUUUAUUCCAAUCCCAAGGAAGAAUUAUACAGGCGAACAAUUUGGCAGAAGAAUUUACUCUACGUAAGAAAUCACAAUGAAAAAUCGGAUAAAGAAUUUCUCCUGCAUAUUAAUCAAUUCGCAGACGCUAAUAUGCAUAUUUUAAACAGAAAUUCAAAGUCUCAUAGUUUUGAAAGUGUGAGGAAAGAAAUUAAAGCCCCAAAAAGCUUUGACUGGCGAAGCAAAGGAGUUAUCGGUCCUGUUCACGAUCAAGGAAGAUUAUUCAACGUGAAGGCAAUAGUUGCAUCUGAGAGUGUAGCAAGUUUACAUGCGAUACAAACUGGACAACUAUUUGAUCUGAGUGCUUAUGAAAUAGACGACUGUGGGUGUGGAAUGCAGUUAUUUAUUAAAGAUAUAUUUGGAUGUAUUAAAAGGAAGAUUGGUGGAUUAUGUACUAAUGUCACAUAUCACCAUCAAGAUCAGAUUUGUAAUAAAGAUACUUGUACUCCCAUUGCCAUGGUUAAUGGAACUGGAUUUAUUCCAGAAGGUGAUGAAGACGCCAUGUUAGAAGCUAUAUUAAAGACACCUUUAAUGGUAGCUAUGGACGCUUCCCAACCUUCUUUUGAACUCUAUCAGGCUGGUAUUUAUAGUGAUACCAAAUGCAGCCCCGAUCAUCUUAGUCAUAUAAUGCAGGUGGUUGGAUAUGGGGAACAAAACGGUAGAAAAUAUUGGAUUUGUAGAAAUAGUUGGGGAAAAGACUGGGGCAAUCAAGGUUAUGUUUGGGUGGAAAGGGGAACAAAUAUGUGUGGAAUUGCAUCAUUUGCUAUUUUUCCUUAUUGA